AUGGCCGUCCCGACGGACGAUGCGCGUGUUAGAGCGCGUUUACGAGAAAUAGGAGAGCCAAUAACCCUCUUCGGCGAGCGACCAGCCGACCGUCGAGACCGACUUAAAUAUGUCCUUUCUCAAAUAAGCGUUGCCCGUGGGGGUGACUUGCCAGACCUUGAAAGCGAGUCUGAAUCAGACGAAGAAGAGACAGUCGAGGAGUUCUACACCCCAGGAUCAUUUGAGCUUUUAGAAGCACGACGGCGAAUAGCAGAGUUCUCAAUACCUAGAGCUCAAAAGCGAGUCGCCCAGCAGCGCAUUGAAAGUAGGAUGCCUUUGAGACAGCUUAUUGAUAUUCGCAAAACAGUCUUCGGCGAGAUUAAAACGUUUGCAAAUAUGGGCUCACAAAUUGGUGAUGAGCGUCCGAUUUCUAUGGUUCGCUUCUCUCCCGAUAGCCAGAUACUUGCAACUGGUAGUUGGUCAGGAGGUGUAAAACUCUGGAAUAUUCCGCAAUGUACUACUAUUCGCACAUUACGAGGCCACGGAGACAGAGUUGGAGGAUUGGCCUGGCAUCCCCAAGCGACCCUCUCGCAGAGUGCUGAUGCGGUGAACCUCGUUACUGGUGCAGGUGACUUUAACAUACAUUUAUGGUCACUUUCGAGUGAUGCACCUUUAGCAAUACUAAAAGGACACGAAGGUCGAGUCUGUCGUACAGCCUUCCACCCUUCAGGAAACUAUGUCGCAAGUGCAAGUUUCGAUACGUCGUGGAGAUUAUGGGACGUAUCAACGCAAAUCGAACUACUACUUCAGGAAGGACACUCCAAGGAAGUUUACUCAGUUGAAUUUCAAGACGACGGUGCAUUAAUCGCUUCAGGAGGACUUGAUGCAAUUGGAAGAGUAUGGGACCUCAGAACAGGUCGAACAGCAAUGGUUCUUGACGGACACGUACAAGGAAUCUACUCCAUCGCAUUCUCACCAAACGGCUAUCAGAUAGCUACAGGAGCAGGCGACGACACAGUCCGAAUCUGGGAUAUGCGUUCACUCAGACCACUCUACACCAUCCCCGCACACCGAUCAAACGUCUCUGAUAUCCGUUUCUUCCGGGGUAACAACCUCCCAGUCGACCGGGUGCAAGAUGUCAAGAUGAAAGAUGAAGGCGACGAUAUUGACGAUGCAGAUGUUUCCGCGGACAAGUCAGGCGUAUCGAAGGAGCACGAAGAACGAUACCGAUGUGGAUUGUACUUCGCCACUGCUGGGUACGAUGGACUCGUAAAACUCUGGAGCGCAGACGACUGGCAGCUAUUACGCACACUAACCACGGAUGCCGGAAAAGUCAUGUCCGUCGACCUUUCAAACGACGGCAAAUACCUCGUCUCUGGCACAUAUAACCGUAACUUCCAAUUGUACGCGCCUGAAGGCAGUGCAUAACAGUU